GGUACACACAAGCAUUGACGCGAUCUGCAACAUGUCGACAAAGGGGCAAAUUCGACACGUCACCAACAGCUCCUCUGAAUAUUUAUCCUCGCCGCGCUGCAAAUAACCGCAGUCAUCAGCAUGCUAUCAUCGCCAACAUCCUAAUUCCACUCCCUGCCGCGCAUCGGCGCACCGAUCGUCAAGAUGUGGAUUCUUCCACUCGUCGGAUACCUCGGGUCCGUCCUGGGGUUCUGCUUCCUCACCCUCUCCAUCGCCUCUGGAUUGUACUACCUUAGCGAGGUCGUCGAAGAACACACCGUGAUCGCGAAACGACUACUCACCAAACUGAUAUACUCCAUCAUGGGCCUCCAACUCGUGCUCUGCGUCGCGGACGGAUUCCCCUUCGGCCUGACCCUUCUGGGCAUAUUCUCGCACUUCAUAUACCUAGGAAAUAUGCGGAGGUUCCCCUUCGUCAAGCUUACGGAUCCGCUAUUCCUGCUCUCGUGUGUCCUCGUGCUAGUCAACCAUUACGUCUGGUUCAGGCACUUCUCACACCGCCAGCAACAGGCCUACAGGACCAUGACGUCGUACUACGAUCACCCCGAAGGCGUCCCGACCUUCACCGAGAUCGCGUCCUACUUCGGCCUCUGCGUCUGGCUCGUGCCAUUCGCGCUCUUCAUCAGCCUUUCGGCCAGCGACAAUGUCCUCCCCACCAUGGGCAGCGAGACGCCCCAGCUCGGCGGCUCCUCUCCGCUCUCGCCUAGCGGGGCUAGAGAGACGGCCAAGAGACGGGGCCAGGGCAUGGCCAAGGCCGUGGUCGAUAACGUCAGAGCAGGUAUCGCCGAGGUUGGCUCGAUGGCAGGCUGGAAGAGACCGGGGAAUCGGUUCUAAGCGCGCUGCUUUUCCUUAUCUAGGCCACCUCCAUAAUGCUCUUUAAUCAAACUUAUUUUACCUUAUGACCA